UAAUUUCAGAUUGAAAAGAAGGGAAAAUAAAUUUAGAAUGUUUAAGUUGUGUUUAUAAUUUCAAUUAUGUAGAAAUGAAUGAAAAAGCAGGAUCAAUUGAAGUCUAUAAAACAAGAUAGCAAUAAUAACCUCUUUUAAUAUGAAAGAAGAGAGUAGGAUUAUAUCUAUAAAAUAAGUAUUAGAAAUAGCAGAUAGAAUGCCGCCUUAUUUAAUCCAAGGUUUUUAUUAUUUUCAAUAAAUCAACAUUGUAAAAUUGUGGCUGUGUGUAGGCAGUUCUUAGUAAGAAUUUAUGAGGAAGACAGAAUGUGCUGGACCUCAUUUACUUUUAAGAAAGGAUUGAGGGAAGAAAGUAUUUGGUGGAUUUUUAUUAAGUUCUUGGGGGCUAUCUAAGAAUGAA